UGCUGUUUGGUAGCUUAGCCCGAAUGUGCCUCCAAAUAUGUGAGAAAUUUGAGGUUUACCAGAUUUCGGACACACUCUUUACAUUAACUGCAAUUGCCUGCAUACCAUGGCGGAACAUCGGUUUCUGUCGGAUUUGGACAUCUUCACUGAGAGGGACUGUCGCUGUUUCUGUGGCUUUUGUUAUUGUAGCUAGCGCUAGCGUAAGCUAGAUUAGCUAACACCGCUGUCUUCGCUGUCAGCAUAACCGACGUUGAUUCAUUGCUGCGGGGCAGUAAGUGAAACCGCAAAGACAAGGAGAACUGUGGAGCAAGUUGCAGGCUUAAACAGCUGACCUGAGCAAUGUUCAUGUUACGCUUCUUAGCUCAUUAGGUAACUGGCCUCAGCCAGUAUUUUAGGUUGUAGUGCACGAAAUACCAGCGUAAUUUGACAAGUGAACUUAAACGUCGACCGCUGCAUUCUUUAGAAGAAGAAACCUCAAUUAAAAUGUUAUUACUAGCUUACACACCUUAACGCUGCCAGCAGCGUGAACGCUAACGUUAACUCGUUGGCGUUAUUGCUGUCUGAAUACUUUGAGAUGGAACAGCAAAUAGGAGCCACUGAGAUGACUGUCGCUGUGCUCAAAACAUCUGUCUGAGUUGUACGUCUCUGAAAGGGAAAUCAUGUCUUGCAAAGCCGCAACCAAGGACAAGAAGUCGAGCUUCAGCAAGAAGCUGUUCAGGAGAGGCUCUGUGCGCUCUGUGGGCAGUUUUAUGAGCAAAGUCCUGAGGACACUGACAGCCUUAUCCCACUUUGGAUCUGAAGUACAAGCGGAGGAUGACAAAGAUGAUGGAGGAUUUUCCACUUUUAAGUCUGGAAGUAAAGAUGUGCCCAUGGAUGAUGGGGACAUUGGGGGCUUCCUGUCUGGGGAGAGAGUCCCUGGGGUGGCAGGUCUCAAAAACCACGGGAAUACCUGCUUCAUGAAUGCAAUUCUUCAGUGCCUCAGUAACACUGAACUCUUUGCUGAGUACCUCGUUCUGGAGCAUUAUAAAGACGAAGAGCUAGAUGAGGACAAACCGAAGACAAAUGGUGUACAUCUGCAGAAGAAGGGUCCUCUGGCCAAAGGAGAAGUUACAGAGCAGCUGUCAGGACUUGUGCGGGCUUUAUGGACCUUUGAGUAUACCCCCCAGCACAGCAGAGACUUCAAGAAUGUUGUGUCAAAAAAUGCCACGCAAUUUAAAGGGAACGCUCAGCACGAUGCUCAAGAGUUUCUGCUGUGGCUGCUGGACAGAGUACACGAGGACCUCAACACAGUCAACCCCAUCGGCAGGCCUACUAUAAAGCCCCCUAUUGAAGAAGAUGACCAAAGCAUAGAGGGGCCUUCUCCUCCCCUCUCUGCGGGGUCGUUUGUCCAAGAACUGUUUCAGGCUCAGUACAGGUCUUCUCUCACCUGCCCGCAUUGCCAAAAGCAGAGCAAUACGUUUGAUCCCUUCCUCUGCAUCUCCUUACCCAUCCCGCUACCACACACACGGCCCCUGUACGUGACAGUGGUCUACCAGGGGAAGUACUCUCACUGUAUGCGGAUUGGAGUUGCUGUUCCCCUCAACAGCACUGUCUAUCGCCUCAGAGAUGCUGUGUCACGUGAGACCAAGAUCCCAAUGGACCAGUUCGUUUUGACUGAAAUGUACUACGAUGGUUUUCAUCGUUCGUUUUGUGAUGAUGACGAUGACCUUGACAUCAUUCAAGAGAGCGAUUCCAUCUUUGCCUUUGAGACACCAGAGACCUUCAAACUGGAAAAUAUACGCACAAAAAGAGGAAGUCUUCUUGCGAACCUGAAUCAUAACAACUUGAAGUAUGGGACUGAAAUCAGCAGGACUCCGUCUUUCAUGCAGGGGGCCAUGACUCCUGUAACUGCAUCACCCAAUAAAAACCUGGGACCAGAAAAAAUGAUCCUUUUAGUGUGUAACAGGGCUUGUACUGGCCACCAAGGAAAGAGGUUUGGCCUGCCUUUUGUACUGUACAUGGAGCGCACUGUGACCUGGGAUGCUCUACAAAAAGAGAUCCUGGAGAAAAUGCGUCAUCUUUUGAGGCCUGGGGUUUACAUUCAGGUGGGACCUUUCAGCCUUCGGGUGGUUGGCGUUGUUGGUAUAACCUACCUCCUUCCCCAAGACGAGCGACCACUGUGUCACCCAACUGUGGAAAGAGCAUACAAGUCCUGUGGACAAGGGGGACCACCACAUGUGAAGAUAGUAGUAGAGUGGGACAAAGAGACCAAGGACUAUCUGUUUGGACACACUGAGGAGGAGUACAUUCCUGAUGCUGAGAGUGUGUAUCUGCACAGAGAACAACAUCAUCAGCCGCAGGCCUGCACCCUUGCUCAGUGCUUUCAGCUCUACACUAAGGAGGAGCAGCUGGCCCCGGACGAUGCCUGGCGCUGUCCCCACUGCAAGCAGCUGCAGCAGGGCCGCAUUAAGCUUAGCCUGUGGACGCUGCCGGAUGUGCUCAUUUUACAUCUCAAGAGGUUCAGACAGGAAGGGGACCGCAGGGUGAAGAUGCAGAACAUGGUGAGGUUCCCAUUGAUGGGCAUGGACAUGGCACCUCAUGUAGUUAAGAGGAGUCAGAGCAGCUGGAGUUUACCCUCUCACUGGUCACCAUGGAGAAGACCCUAUGGUCUGGGAAGAAACCCUGAUGACUACCUAUAUGACCUGUAUGCUGUGUGCAACCACCAUGGGAAUAUGCACGGAGGCCACUACACUGCUUACUGCAAGAACUCCAUAGAUGGUCAGUGGUACUGCUUUGAUGACAGCGAGGUGUCACCAAUAGCUGAUGAUGACGUGUGUCAGCAGACGGCCUAUAUACUCUUCUACCAGAGGAGGACUGCCAUUCCCUCCUGGUCGGCCAACAGCUCUGUUGCUGGUUCAACCAGUUCAUCACUGUGUGACCACUGGAUCAACAGGUUGCCUGGUAGCAGGCCUGCUAGCUUGGCCUCUGGAGCCUCAUCCAGACGCACCUCUCUGGCUUCACUGGCUGAAUCAGUAGAGUUUCCAGGAGAACGCAGUGAGGAUGAUGGAGGAUUCUCUGUCCGCCCUUUUGUGAGGAGCAUUCAGCGUCAGAGCUUGUCCUCCAGGUCAUCUAUUGCUAGUCCUUUAGCCUACAGCGACAGCGGGAUAAAGCCUUCUUGGUCUCUCUCUGCAAAGCUGCACAUGCGAUCCAACUCGCCCUCACGUUUCUCCCUCGAUUCUCGAUGUUCACCUCCUCUAGAGAGGAUAGGAGAGGCCUGUGAUGACAAGGUUUCCACGUCCUGUUUUGGCAGCUACAGUAGACAUGAACGCUACUUUGGCAGCAGGACUCCCUUGUCUAUGAUGGAGAGCAACUUCAGUGACCAGGACAGCAAUAAAAGGUUCCUAGACAUGAUGUACUGCAGGGCUCCCACUCCAGUGGAAAAGAAGAGCACCAAAAAUGAGCCAACUGAAAACAACAACCAGAUUACAGCUAUUGACCAAAACAUACUACCUGCCCAAGCAACCCCCUCCAAAGAACAGAAACGCAAGAGCAGCAUUGGAGGAUUUUCCUCAAAGGCAGAAAGCACAGGCUCCACAAAGAGCUCCAGCAAACCGGAGCAAGAGAAAACCUCGAAAAAACGUUUGUGCUCAACCCUUAAGACCUCCACUUCUGAGACGUCUUCCAGUACACCUGUGAAAGGCAAGAAGGUGAGCAAUACAAAAGAAAAGAGUGUAAAUGCCAAGAAAAGCACCUCAACACCCAUUGGGACUCCCUCCAAAACAAAGGAAGCAACUCAGCCUCCAGAGGCAACGCCACAACGUAAGCCAUGUGUCCGCUCCACACCUCAGUCCUCAGCUUCUCCCUCACCAACUGCAAAGAAGAGUUCCAGUGUCACAGAGAAAAGUACCACGAGUAGUCGGAAACGACUGGUAGAAAGGAGCUACAGCAGAGAUUCUAUGCACACUAGUCCUCUGGUCGACAAUCUCCGAGGCAGCUCAGUAGCUCGCUCUUCGCUCUCUAGGAGUGGGGAAAGCAACCGGCUUGAAAGGAAAUCUGUAAGAAGCUCCAGCAGCAGCUCUUCUGUCACUAGUCUACGCUCACCAAGUGUAUCCACCAGAGACCUGCAGCGCAGCAGCAAAUCUGAGGAAAAAGGGUUGUCUUUCUUCAAGAGCGCCCUUCGACAAAGGGAAAGCCGCCGGUCGGCUGAUUUGGGAAAAAGCACCUUGCUUGCCAAAAAGGCCUCAGAGAGGACAUGCAAGCAGAAUGGACAAGCCAAGGAGAUCGGUGCUGAUAAUGGAAAGACAGGAGACGCUGUGUCUUCACAGACAUCUAUAGGCAGUAAUGGAGGUGAAACAAAGGAGUCUUCCAAGCCCCCCAGCUCUCUCAGUCGCACUCUGUUAAACGUAGGCAAGUCCAAGUCUUCCACUUCUGAAGUAAGUCUCAAGUCUCCCACAAACGGGAAGAAGCCUCUUGAAAAGAUGGCGUCUUCCCGAAAACUGUCGUCAAGCAUGCAAUCUCCUGCACGUACAACACAGAGGCCUCAAUGAUAUAUCCAUAGUAGUUAUAUUGAACCAUAUUGCAGCUAUUUUCUUUGUGCCUAAGUUUCAGUGAGCACCAGAUGUAUUUGUAGAGAGACAUGUUUUGAUGUUAUGGGUUUGUACUCUUUGCAUUAUAUGCAUAGGAUGGCUUUGAGUUUUUAACAUUGGCAGCCAGCUUUGAGUCCUUUUUGCCGUACUGGAUAAAAAAUAAAGUAACUGUUCGCCAUAUACAUAUCUGGGGACCAAACACUCACCAGGUAUGCUUCCAGUUCUUGUUUUAAUAAUAGGGUAUAAUUACACCUUGAGCAUUAGGUACUGUUUUGAUGUGAGUGAUAAAAUGGAGGGCAGGGCGAUUGCUUGACAUUAGAUGUUUUCUGGCAUGAAGGACACAUAAGCAUGCCAUACACAUUCAGCUGUACCACACAACCUGUUUGAUUGUGUGCACUUGAGGCCCGUAUGACAGCUGACAGAAAUCCCUACUGGAAUCUUGAAAUCCAAUUAUCUUUUCUUCAGACAAGAGGCUUGUUACAGCUUUGAAAAAUGUCCAGCUUGAAGAACCUGAUUUAAAAUGCAGCCGCUUGUAACGCACAGUUGGUCUUGUAGAAUAACAUUUUAAAAAUAAUAUAGCUUCACAAUUUUCUGAGAUGAAAAUAAGCUGGUUGUUGAUGCUUAAAACCUCACUUCUGUUCUAUAUGCACUUUUAACUGAACAAUAGCGAGAGCAGAACCGUAACAUUGAUAAUUGUCUCUGGACAAAUACUGAAACAGAGUUGAAACACUCACAAACACACACACACACACACACACACAAAAGAGUUUCAUUCCGAAAUUGCUGUGGCUAAGCAAGUAGUUUUCAUUGAUUGUUUUAAGCCAGUCAUGCUGACCAGUGAUAUGUAAAACCUGCAGUCUGUUUUUUUCACAUACACACUUUCUCCACACACCUCACCCCAUUGCUUAAUAGGGAUAGUGUGAGUGGUUUCUGGGUAAAGCUAUGGAGAAGGACAUUAGUAGACUACAUGUACUCAUGACUAAUUUCACAUUAUAUGUCUAGAAUAUCUAGGAUCAAUACGGAGCAGCAGUAAGAGAUAAGAGUCUUUAUUGUAAAUGUUAAGAGAAUAGUUGUGAAAUACAGAGGUAGUAGCAGACCCCGGACCAAAAGAGAAAUGAGAAAGAAUCAGAAUUGGUGCGCAAAUUGAGACAAAACUUUAUUUUAUUUAUUUUAUUUUUUUUAUACUAGUACCUUUUCAAUAGAAGUGUAUUUUAUUAAAUGCUUAUUGAAGUUAGCCAUCACUUUUCCUCAAAAGAGAUGGUGUUUUGGAAUGAAACCCUUUAAAUUCAAAAUAUAUAAAUAUAUACCUGUACAGAUAUUGACAGAAAGUAUAUAGCAUAUAAUCCAAUUUUUUUCCUUUCCACAAGCAAGAUGAAAAUGAUCUUAAGCGCCUUUCAAUACUGUACAUGGAAACAAACAAUUGCCUUUGGCAACAUAGGAGUCUACUACUGUAUGCAUCACUGAGUAGGAAUGUUGUGUUGUUUGCACUUUGUAUAGAUAAAGUAGGUUUCUCUUACCCGGAACAGUCAUAUGUACACACUGACUUAACAAUGUCAUUAUCUUGUUUUUAAUAUGUUGUCUGUACAUAAUUUCAAGACAUAUCGUAAAGGUUGUGUCAACAGGCCUUAGACUUGAAAUGGUAAAAGGGUACAUUCAUCUCAAUGUUUCAGGGGUCAUUUAAAAAACAAAAAUCACCCCUUUACUACACCUGGUGCUGUAACAGACCACUGCUCCUCUGGCACUGAAGUUUCUUAAAUGAACAUAUUUUCAAACGCUGGUGUUCAGAACUGUGGCCGCACAGACUUCAGUGAACUGGAAACCUGUUGGCAGCGUUUAUCAUAACCUGUGGUACCUCAUUGGGGAGGACAAUACGUUGCCAUUUUUUUUUUUUUUGCCUCAUCAGGCUGAAACAGAAUAUUGAUAACGAGCCAUUUAAUUCAUAGAAAAACAUUUAUAUCGUCUCUGAGCAGUUGUCCAAAUCUGGAUAUGUAGGCUGAAUUUCCUCAGCUAUCAGGCACUGCAUGGCGUGCUAAUUUUGCAGUAUAAUGACAGAUGCAAAGGCAGAGGCAGGUUAGUGUCACUUCAGCUGUUAUGAUGCUUGCUGUUGUCAGUUUGAACAGCUUUACCAUCCUAGAAUUAGCCCACCUGUAAUUAGCAGUAUUCAUACAUUAGAUACCAGCAUAAUGUAUUUACGUUUUCAGUGAAUGAAUGUGGAUAUGGCAUUGAAAUCCAACCAUUAGUAAGCAGUUUUUACUUUAAGCAUUAACAUAAUCUUUGAAUUAUAAAUCUAGAGUAUUUCUCUCAACAGUUUCUCUGUAGCAUCUACCAGGUUUACAUUGGUUCUCAGAUGGUUUCAGAGGAAAUGCCACUCAAUUUUAAAGAUUUAAGUAUGUUAUUUAAAUGGCCUUUAUGGGGUUUGAACAGAUUUGAGAGGUUUGCCUUUGGAGUCAUCAAAAACCAAAAGGUUUGAGGAUAUAUAUUUUUUCCUUUUACAUCUCAUGAUGUAUGAGAAAAAUUUCUGAGAAUAUUAAGACACAGCAAACAAAUUUCUCUCCAAGACAUGAAACCAGGGCAUCAAAGCUGACAUUUGGAGGGGAAGAAAAAACUUUUGAAGAUGUGUCAGUCAGCUUACCUGUUAAGUGACAAACAUGAUCGACACUAAAAUCCUCUCUGUAUCCUCAGGACAUUUUUAUCACUGUGUUUUUCGCUGACUUAACAUAGUGUUCUGUCCUUAGGCGAUAAUAUAGAGUUGGGGAAAAGUUAUCUGCUGUAGACCUGUGGCUUUUCUGUCUGUGAGCACAUCGCUUUACGGGCAACCUGUCUCCCAAAACUUUGUGGGACUACCAUUAGAGAAAAUAUAUUGACUGAUUGAAGUUGUGUUCAAACUUUAAUAGACCAUAGAAAUAACAUACUUAUCAUUUAAAUAUAGUGGUAUUCCUGUAGCUGCUCUUUUCUACUUAACAUUGUACUCUAUCAGGAACCUGUGCAUGGCACUUUGGAUCAAAGCAGGACAAUUUUAUGUAAUUUUAACUUUCACCGUCUCGCUUGCCUGAGACGGUGUGUAAUUAAGUUGUUGUGGCUAGUGUGCAUUUUAGAGCUGGGUCAUUACACUUGCUAUAUUUGCAGUUUAUUGGAUUUUUAAUCCAUUCUUGUAGCCAAAAGCCAGUGCAUUAGGAUGCGAUGCCCCUUCACUUUUGCCAUUAUUAUUUCAUUUUCUGGGGGUAUUGUAAACAUAGAUCAGUAAAUAAUGUGAGUCAUGUUGUUUAUUGCUUAUAUAAAUAUGGGUCGUAAUUUGAGAUCAAAUUGUGUCCGACCAAAACCUUUGAGACUUUUUUUUCUGAAAGCUGCAGCCUGUUGCCUUGUUUUCCAACCAUUUUUCAUUCAUCCAUAACAAUUUUGAUUAUUGCCACCACAUUGCCUACAUUGUUGUUUUGUCUUUACAUCUUGUAAUAUUAGAUAAAACAUGGUGGUUUAGCAGCAAAGUUUGAUCUUCACAUCAAGCAGCUCAUUCAGUAGCAACUUGUACAGCCUAAAGUCUUAAAACGAGGUAUGUAAUGUAUUGCAGAGCUGUUGUAAAGCCCAGUGUAUGAUAUGAAUGUCUAUGGUAUCACUUCCGUCCUGUAAUAUGUUACAGGAACCUGCUGUCAUUUAGUGACAAACAUUAAAACUUCUUAAUCAGUAGCUUCCAAUCAUUUAAAAAAAAAAAAAGAUUUUUAUUUUGCCUUGACCAAUAUGCUAGUGGUAGAGCAAUAAUCCAAUAAUCAUCUCAUUGUUUGAUGUUCAUCAGUUAGACUAAGGAGGCUGAAGUAUGAAUGACCAAAAAGUGCAACGUGACUUUGAGAGCUCAAAAGGCCGUUGAAGACCAGACAAGUACUGUACUCCAUAUGAGAGGUUUUCUAUCCAAUUAAUCCAAAUACAGACCUGUUAAAACAAGAUGUCAAAAAUCAAUGUAAAAUGUAACAGAAAACAUUUUUACAUGAUUGAAUUUCCUCUCUCCUCUUUCUUCACUGCAGUUAUUGUUUGUCUUUUGUUUUUGUUUUUUUUUGUUGUCAAUGUACAGAGUUAAGAAUGACUAAGGAAUGCAGUAUUGCAUGAAAACGCUAAUGCAUGUAUUUCAUUAUCUAUGCAAGAGUCUGCAGCUGUGUACAGUAGAAAGCAGAGCAUGGCUGGUAUAUCCCAUCGCUUAAUUUGCACACCAUUCCAAUAUUUAGAAAUUGUAAAUUACAGAGUAUUUCAUCUUUCAUGUAAAAGGCUUAAACUAAAAAAAAAAAAAAAAGCAUUCUACCUUUUAAUGUUUAUAUUUUGUAUUUUUUCCUCAUUAUUUUAUUUUUUUAAUUUCUGCUGAUCUGUGCUCUCUGGGUGCUCCUACCACACUGGUAGGUUUCUGUCUUUUGAUUUUUUUUUUGACAAGAUGUUUAAUAUUUACUGUUGUACACCAGCAGAGACAACACUAUGGAUGCGAUAAUCUCUAUGUGGGUACUAAAUAGCCUCAUGUAUGUAUGUAUGUAUGUAUGUAUGUAUUGUGAAAAGGCCUUCCAUUAGUUCACUUCAAUGAUAACAGUUCGUGAACCCCUGUUAAAAUGUUCUCAGCUGCAUCAAAGAUGUGGUCAGUCUCUAAUAUAAAGGCAACUCAAAUAAAUAUACACAUAUAUAUAGCUAAAUGCAAUAAAGAAAGAUAGCAAAUUUAUAGUUUUAUAUUACAAUAUGUAACGAAAAAUGACAUUCAGAUAUAAAUGUUCAGUUAAUACUUUUUGUAGUAUUUAUGCCACAUCAAUCGUUUUAAUCAUGAUGUGAUUUUUAUUAUUUUUUUAUUCAAAGCAGGCAGUUUAUCAGCAAAAAACAGCAAUGUCCAAACAUUCUUUGCAAACAGUGCCAUUUUUUUUUUCCCUGAUGACUGGUCAAGUGGGUGUGGAACAUUAAUCACUCUAGUUGUUAAAAUGCAUACAGGCCUCCCUGCAGAAGUUAAUUAAGAUUAGAGAAUCCUCCUGCAUUGAGUUAAUGUUGUGACACAGUUGUUUUGUUUAGUUGUUGUUAACAGAGUCACAAGAAGUUCCAUUUUUUCCAAGAUGAGGCCAUUAAUUAAUAUUAUAUGCAACGUGUUUGCCUAACUAUUUUACCACUGAGUCACAGUUGCAAUAACCACUGAAACUGAAAUACCAAAUUACAAAAUUUGAGCCACAGACUUAAGAUUCUUCAGAUACUGUAGUAUUACAGCAAUACAGCUGCAUGGACAGAAGUGAUGUCCUUAACAUUAGAAGACUCAUAGUACUUUGGGGUUGCAUUGUUUUAUUUGAGGGCAGAUAGAUUUUGGAGGACAUUUGUCAGACGUAAACACUACAAACAGAUGAUACUGAAACUUUUCAGAAGCCUUAAGCAAAACAAAUCUUAAUGGUUAAUGUGUAUCAGGAUGAUACAAAAACUAAAGAGCUGUGUAAUGAAUGAAUGUCAUUAGUCUCAUUUUAUUUUAUAUUUUUCAAGCUAACAUAAAGAACACUACAGUGCUAAAUACAUAGCACGUCUCUACUUUGACCUUUUUGUGUUUUACUUAUGUUUUUUUUAUGUAUCAUACAUAAAACAUUUUGUAAAAAUACAGUAUGUUGCAGUUAUUGUGAAUUGUUUACUUAUUAAGGCAGUUUUACUGUAUUCCUCGUUGUACCAGGUUCAUGAGGUUAUUGUUGAUGCCUGCAUUUUUAUUAUUAUUUUUAUUUUUACAUUAUGGCCUCGGUUCCAACAUUUGCCUGUUUAUAUUUUUAUGUUUUUGUUUUUAUUUUUUUAUUUUAUUUUUUAUAUUAUUUUAAACUGUAACAGUUAAGCAAACUGUUAAUUCGGUAGUUUCAAGUUUCAUUAGACAGUGUCAGUCUUCUGUGUUAAUUUAUUUUUAUUUUGUUAUCAUAUAUGCACUUUUAAUUUUUUUUUUUUUAAUU